GGGGAGAUGUGCAGCACGAGUCUGGAAAACCUCAGGCCUCGAGGGUCAACACUGGGAGAUGUAAGCUUAGUCCAUUAGUGGAUUAUAACCAUAACCACGCCACGGCCCGGCAUCGCUCUUGGAUUAAACAGAGAGAGAGAGAGAGAGAGAGAGAGAGAGAUGUGCUGAGUGCAUGAAGGCAAAAGGAAAGCAAUUGAAUUCAGCAAAUUCAAAGGCAGAGCGUUGUGCACUGAGCCCACGGGGACGGAGAAGACAGCUGACGGAAAGUCGUAGUUGGGACAGCACUGUGGGUCGCUAGACAUCAGUGGAUCUCGGCUCUCCUACGGUACAUCAUCUUCUAAUACACUUACACCACCUGGCUGAUCAGGUGAUUCGCAGAAGGCAGCAUGGACCUGGACCUGGAGGGGAUUAUCCAGUGCAUCAAGCAGGGGGACGAGAAUGGCGUCCAGAUACAGCUGCAGGAGUUCAACAAAGAGUACGCCCAGUGCUUCUUCUUCGAUUCCGAAGAGAGGGACCGGAGGAAACAACGGAAACUAGAGGAGUUCAGGAAAAAUAAAGUGAGGGAAUACGCUGAUUCCGACUCCGACUGCGACCAGUACGAGCAGGAGGACCGAGGCCUCGUCCUCCGUCAGAACUUAGCUCUCGUCCUGGUGAGGUUCAUCAGGACGGGAGCUAAAGGCCCCCUGUUGAAGGUGUCUCUCCGCAGCCUGAGGAUCCUCUCCAGGGACAAAAAGGUCCUGGGCCCCUUGGUGACCGACGACGCCCUCCUGACGCUGGCCAAACUAGCCGGGCUGACGGCGAGCGACCCGAGCGACGAGCCCGCCGACCCGGACUCUGAUUUCUACGACAACGUCAUCGCUUCCCUGGCCGAGGCCAAAGUGUCGCGCUGUCCCUCUGACGAGGACGAGGGCGACGUGGAGGGCGACGAGGAGGGCGACGAGGAGGGCGGCGGCCGGCGCGGCGAGUGCUUCGACGAGGACGACGUCAGCACCGCCGACAGCGUAGACCUGGACCGCGGAGGCUGGCCCGCCGGCCGCGGCAGCGCCGGCGCGGACGAGACGCGCGGGGGCGGCGCGCGGCACAAGGUGCUGGAGAGAGGCAGGAGGGACCGCAGAGAGAGCAAGCCGGAGCGGGAGGGCGAGGAGGAGGAGGAGGAGGCGGGGGUGGCGUCGGGAGAGGAGGCACAGAGGAAGGAGGCCUUGAAGGUGUUGUGCAAUGUGGUCUACAACAGCGCCUGGGCGCAGGAGAGGUUCAGUGGUCUCAGGCUCAUGUGCGGCCUCAAGGAGCGUCUGUCCUCCGGCGCCAGCGGCUCGUCUUCGUCCAGCGUUCAGUUCUACGAGCUGCGCCUGAUGUUCCUCGUCACGGCACUGCGGCGAGAGCUCAGCACGCAGCUCCAACAGGAGGGAGGGGUGUCCAUUUUCACAGCAGCUCUGGAGAGCUGUCUGGGGGUCCAGUGGAAGGACCAGUAUGAGUGUGUGCUGGACCCAGAAGCACCACCCAUCUCUCUGGAAGCCUCUCAGCGGGUCAUAGAGAUCCUCAAAAUCCUCUUCAACGUCACCUACAGCACCCACAGGCAGGAGCCGAGUGAGGAUGACGCAGCUCUCUACCGACACCUGGUGGCGAUGCUGCGUCUCUGCCUGAUGAGGAAGUGUUUGCUUUUGGACGACUCCGACGAGCUGCAGGGCCACACGGUCAACUUGCUGUCGGCGCUGCCCCUCCGGUGUCUGGAUGUGCUGCUGACGGUGCGCGAGGAGCCCGACUCCACCGGGACCCCGGGGGUCAACAUGGAGUGCGUCAACACCCUGGUGCUCUUCAUGGAGAGACGCCUGGAGUCGGGUGACAAGAUGAAGGAGAAGCUGACGCCAGUCUUCAACCUGCUGACGGAGAGCUGCAGGGCCCACAGAGAAACACGCCACUACAUCAGGAAACACAUCCUGCCUCCUCUGAGAGACGCGUCCCACAGACCGGAGGAAGGCUCCACGGUGAAGAGUCGGCUGGUGCGCCUCAUGACUCACCUGGAUACGGACCUCAAACACAGCGCCGCCGACCUCAUCUUUGUCCUCUGCAAGGAAAACGUGAGCCGCUUCGUCAAGUACACGGGCUACGGCAACGCGGCGGGCCUGCUGGCCACCCGGGGCCUGCUCGGGGGCGGCCAGGGGCCCGGGGCCUCCGGCUCCGCGGCCCAGUACUCCAGCGACUCGGACUCCGACACCGAGGAGUACCGGCAGGUGAAAGACCGCAUCAACCCGGUGACGGGGCGGGUGGAGGCGCAGCAGCCGGACCCCAUGGAGGGCAUGACGGAGGAGGAGAAGGAGGAGGAGGCCAGGAGGCUCAUCAUGCUCUUCAACAAGCUGUCCAGAGACGACAUCAUCCAGCCGAUGGGAGUGGAUUCGGAGGGGAAGCUGGUGCCCAUGUUGGGACUGAGGGAUAAUUCGCUCACCGAGGAGGUGAAGUCUAAUUCUGAGAAUAUGGGGGAAGGAGAGGAAGGACGGAGCAAGUGAAAAAAAACGUCAAGUCCAUUGAGUUUAUUGAUUUCCUUUGGAAACGUCACAUUUCUUCAAUUUAAAACAUAAAUAUUGUAAAUGUUAAAGAGUUAAAAGUUAAGAAAGGACACAUAUAUAUAUAUAUAUAUGUUCAUUUUCUCUUCUCUGUAUCCAUACGCAUAAGAUAGAGCAGGGAUACGGUCACACUGGUGGGAGUUGAAUUAAUGGUUACUGAGAAGGAACCGAUUUUGUUGUUACAACAUUGUGACAUCGUCCAAUAUUUGAUAAAGUCUUGGAAGUGUGUAGUUAAAUGUUGUGUAUUUCAAUGGAUAGUUUUGUCAGAAAUGGAAAUAAACAUCUGCAAAUCA